GCUACAAAAGGACUUGUCCAGCGGUCGAAUUCGGCAUUCGUUGCUAGCGAGUUGCACUGUUUUGUUAUGGUUAGGCCAAGUGAGCAAAAAAUCGAAUAAAAUGGAACAAGUUCGAAAUUAGUGCCAGGACAUUUCCUACCUACCGGAUGCAAGCGUGCGUGACAAUUAAAAAUUAAAGCCGAGGAAUUUAGUUAGACAAUUGCAGUGCGAGGCGGGGACGAGGACCGGAAUGUUCUUUCGGCGCACUUUAGAACGCAAGGACAGCGCUCCCAAUGUACCGCUUUCCUUGACGACCACAGCAAGUCCGCAACUGCACUACAAUAGCGAGGACAGCGAGAGUGUCACUUACGUGAGUGGUGCCGCCGACGGUGAAAUCAAGGACAGCAAUAACAACCAGUCGGUGGGUAAUGUGGGUGGUGCCCUGGUCGCUCCAAUGAAAAUCGGUGCAGUGCAGCUGACACCGCUGUGGGAGCAUAUUCUCCGCACCCGCCGACUUCCGGAAACAAUUUGCCUCAGCGCCAUGUACGCCGAGUUCCAUGAGCGCCUGCAGGACCCAGAGUGGCAGGUUCGCCAACACGCCCUGCGAGUCCUUGUCGACGUCCUGGUGGUGAUGCAAGACGAGGCCGAUGACCACAUGCAGCGGCAGCAGCUCAUCAGCCUGCUGGUCGAGAACCUGGGCCAUCAAGCGCCCACUGUGCGCAAGGGAGCCCUCGACUGCCUGCGGGUCUACUUGGCUGAGACCGCCGUUCCGGAGACGGUCAUGCUGGGGAUCCUUGAUGCCGGACUGACGAAGCAGCAGGCUCAGGCGAAGUCGGAGCACAUGGGUCGUCUCAGCGUCGGGGUCUUGCUGUCUCUGCCGGCACUCUUACAGACAACUCUGACAACUCAGCACACUUCCCAGCGACACCGCAUCACACAGAACACCUUGGAGCGGGUGGUGCAGCACAUGGACCAACUGGCUAAGCAGGAAAUCACUCUGAAGGUCUUAACAAAGAUCAGAGAGCUCGUAGGGGUCCACCAGUUCGAAGACAUUAUGAGUGAUUUGGGCUGCUUGACCGAGUACUAUCAACUUUGUCAGGUAUACGGGGUGUCUGAAAAACCAAAAAAGGGCGGCGAGACUAAAACGGGCGCCUGGCGGGCAUUACCACGUGACCAAGGCUGGAGAAACAGCGGCUCCAACGACAUCCAGAGCAAGGAGCAGUCAGCCUGUCCAGAAAAGGGAAAGGUCAUCAUGGAAACGGAGAUCAAGAUCAACGACGACACUGUGACCAUGCGCAUCCUCGAAGCGGACACCGAGACAGAAGAGUCCGACAGCCCGGCCAGUAGAUACUCAAAGGAAGGAGAGUCGGCGGAUCUGGUUUGCCACCCCAUUUUGUCUAGUUCCAACAGCCACCAUGGGCAUGCCGUUGGGACGGGCAUUGUCCGGGUCAUAAGUGAUUCGGAACUGGAUGAGCCGCAUGCCACUAAGCCUAGGAGCCUUUCCGAGCCGAGCACUCCCUCGCGAGGUCUGAAGCGGGUAACCUUCGGUGGGGAGAUUGUCAAGAUGCGAACCCCUGAUAGCGACGCAGCCCCUUCUGCAAACAACACCCAAGGCCCUGCUCAGGCCAAUCCGAGUGCCUCUAUUCUGGUCUUGGAAGAUGCAUCGCCCUCUCCCCUGAAUUCGCCAGUGGAGGAGACGCAAGUCCCAAAAACCACAAUACCACAACCUCCCAGCGACAAGAGAACAACGGCACUCGUGCUGGAGAUUCCACUGGACAAUACCAAGCCCUUGCCCCAGGCACGACUCUUCAGCGCGCAGUCGCCACGGCGUCAGCCCUCGGACAGUCCACGCAAGCGAAAGGAGGCGGACGGAUCAUCACCCCGCUCUCCCGGCCUUCGCAGCCGCAGCACCAGUCCGACUGGGAGCAACAACAUCAGCCCCAAAUCCGCCAUUCCGCACAAGCAAAUCGAGGUUCUGCACAAUCUGCAGCGCGAUCCGUCGCCGCGGUCCCAGCGCCUCUCGGAGGACAAUGGUGUGGUUGGGGAUGAGUUGAGCCAUCCUGCGACCGGAAAUGCCCCUGCCAGAGCUGCCUCUACGAUGUCUGCAGAGUCGCCGACCACGCCCAAAUCCUGGGAGGAUCUGGACAUUGUCAACUUCAAGACGCUGAUGGACUUGCGAUCUGGGGACUGGCGCAAUCGUUUGAUGGGCAUCGCCCAACUGGAGCACGCCCUAAGCUCGUCGAGCAAUUUGGCCUUGGUGCAGCCAUAUCUGGACAGUCUGCUGCGAACCCUCCUCUCCUCGGAACGGCACUUUGAGGUGGCCGAGCUAAAGCGGGAGUUGUUGGUAAACCUGAUCUCACGUCUGCCUUUGGACAACUUGGAGGAGCGCACACCACAGAUCCUGACGGGACUUUGUCGCCAGGGCAACGCUGGGGCGAACCGAGUGUGCAAGGCUUUGAUGCAGCGCCUUCCGGCUGGAACCAUUGUGGCGAAAUCGACUUCACCAGAGUUCCUGCACGCAAAGAGUUCAAAGUUCCGGGACCAUGCGCUUCAAAUGUCCAUUUUUGCCUUGAUGAGUUUUCCGGGCACCUGCUUUGACAUAAAUCUCCUGACGGCUCAGGCCGUCUACUCUCUGCUAAAUCGCAAUCGUCGCGUGCGCCAGGCUGCUCUGGAGGUGCUUGCAGUCCUGGCAGAUAUUUCAUCGAUUCAGGAGGUCCUUACCAUCGUCUCAGAAAUGACGGUCGGCGUAGAGCCUGGACCACUGAUACUGGAGGCGGCAAGUGUGCGCCUCUCGCGCCUGCAGCUGCCCAUUGUGACGCCCGACAGUGGCGUGCUCUUCGUUUUCAACCAAACUGAUCCUCCCGGAGCCAGGCCUUCUGGAGCGGAUGUGGAUUGGAUCUGUCAGGGAGAGGGCUCCGCCUCGCCCAACUCCGUCAAGAGAAGACGCAUGCGGGCUGCAUGCAGUCAGCGCGACGUCCCCGAGAGCACGAAAGCAAAAAACAAGAAAGAUGCGUUCCACAGUUUCAAACAGGUCAACGAAGCCCUGCAUCGACAUUCGUUCCACUCACCCCCAGAAACUUUAGACAUGACUAGCCCCACAAAUGACUUAUCGCAAAGACUAAGUUUUGGCGCUAGGACCAAUGUAGGAAAUCACACUUUAACCGACAGACGCCUGGUGGCCAAGGCGUGCUCUGAUACAUCGAUGGAUGGACGAAGUACAGAUAGCACGACCACCACCUGCAGCAGUGGAAGCACCACGGGCAGCUUUAUUCAGCUUACCUCCCGCACUGGAAGUCAAUUUUCCGUAGCGAACUCUCGAUUUCCCGCCAUGCACCAGCAUACAGACAUCGUCAACAACUUUUUGCGAAGCAAGCAGCGCAGCACUAACUCCUUCUGCAUGAAGGGACCGGCCUACCCGAAGGUCAGCUAUUCUAUGCCAAAGGUUCAGCAAAUGUCUCGCAAGAAACUCCAGCACCAGCACUCCUUCACACAGUUGGACAACGCAGGGCCAGCCCAAGGGUGCGAAAAAAACAAGUCAAACGAAUCCCAGGUGAGGCAGAAGAGUGGCUUUUCAACAGACCAUCUGCAAUCGCUGGACACCAAGUGCGCUGACGCUGCCAAAUCAGUUGACAGGGAAACCGCGAGGGCAGUUCCGCCUUUGGUGCCAGAGGUCAAAGACACGACGGACGGCUCUCCCCUGUCGGUAAGGUCCACCAGCUAUUCGCAAAAGUCGACAGCGUCGGCGAAAUCGAGUGGUAGCCACGGCGAGAUGUGCAAGCUAACAUCCUCGUCGGCUGGCGACUGCAUCAUCGACGCCAAGAUGAGGGUGCUGAGCCUGGAAAAGGAUCCCGUCGAGGCCUUCGGGGAACUGGUGGUGGACGACAUUGAAGAGGAGAAAACGGAACCCCCAGCCCAUGAUGAGCCUAUCAAGCUCAACGGAAGCCUAAAUAGCCUUCACAGCAAAACCGAGAGCAUCAAAACGCAGUUGGAGGACACUACCCCGCAACUCUCGAGAGCCCAGUCAGUCAAAUCGCUGCCCAUAGAGGAGGACAUUGAGGGCAGCAACAGUUUUGUGGUAGUCGAAGAACAACAGCACGAGCUUGAGUCAUUACCCCCUAGUGCUGAGACCAUGCCGGAAAAGCAGCAGCGGGAGGAACUAGUAGAACCAGCGGAAGUCUCAAACAAGGGACUAAAGUCGGUUCAACGGAAUGAAGAAAUGGUGAUCCACUCACGUAGCAUUUCGCUAGACUCGCUCUACGGGGCACGGCCGGGAUCAAAGCAGGGAUCCUUGGACACCUGCACAAGCACCACGGACAACACCUCGCAGUCCGGCUCCCAGAUGGGAAACAUCGGCGUCCCUGGAAAGGCUCAGCACACUCCGCUCCAGCAGAAGUCGAAGACAUCGUACUUCUUGCGGGCACAGCGACGAGUCUCGCCCGUAAAGCAGGCUAUAAAAAUGUCCCAGGCGGAACUUUUUCCGCAGAAUAUGGCCCGCUUUGAUAAGCCACGCGAGGCUCUGCUCAAGACUUUUGACCAGCUUGACUCUAGCAAUUGGGAGACUAACAUGACCGGCUUGAAGAACAUGGUGCGCCUCAUUCGCUAUCAUGCCGACACACUGGACAAUCAGAUGCACAUGACCUGCAUCCAGCUGACCCGCUCAGUCCGAAACCUUCGCUCCCAAGUGGCUCGCGCUUCAUGCCAGGCCGCUGCCGAGUUGUUCUCCCUGAAGUCCAACAGUCUCCAGCUGGAGUGCGACGACUUGGUGUGUGCCCUCCUGCACCGCACCGCCGACACUAACCGCUUUCUCCGCGCCGACGCCACUCGUGCCCUGGAGUCGAUGGUGGACAACGCACAGCCUCAGAAGAUACUAAACAUCCUGGCGACAAAGGGAGCACAACACCAGAACGCCCUGGUGCGCACCACAUCGGCAAAGCUGCUCUUCAGACUUGUCGAGCGGCUGGGAAGUGAUCGUAUCUACGCAAUGGGUCGGGAGAGCCGGGACAAGUUCUUUGUGGUGGGGGCCAAUCUGCUGCUGGAGGGCAGCCUGGAGACCCGCAGCUAUGCCAAGUCCUUAUUCCGAGCCCUCUCCGAGCACCACAAUUACCAGCGAUUGCUGCUGGAGGUGAUACCACCGCGCACGUACAGGAAGGUUGAGAAGACGCUGAGGAACAUCACACACUGAUUUCGCUUGCUCGACGACAUCUGUACAGCUAACAUUAAAAUAUAUUAAAAAUACAACCAUAUCUCGAUUGUAUGUAAUCUUAAGUUAACCGUAAGGACUAAUAAAAACAUUGUUAUGUCUCAAA